GGUUGUUCAUCUCAAAAUUUGGUUUGACAUACAAAGAAGGUGAGAUUGAAUUAUCGUCAGAGAAAAUUAAAAGAUUGAAUUGGAACAUAGCUAGGAAGGGUUUUGAAAAAUUCAUGUUGUUAGAAUAAGAGAUGGGAUGUGAGGUGCUUGCGCGCUCAAUAAUUUGCGCUUAAACAUGAUUUUAUCAAGUUUUUGAACGGACUGCUCCUAUUUUCGGGUGGUGUUUAGUUUUUGCCUAUAUAUGAUUAUGUAAUAGGAAAGAAGGAUUAAUUAGAGUUAAGUGGCAUAAAGUAGGAAUAAGAAAGAUGAAGAGGAAAAUUGCUUCAAGUAUUAUUAAGUAGCGUUAGGUAAGAGCAGGAUUAAAUAGAAGACUGGUUAGAGUAGCGUGGGAUUAAUUACAUAGAUUUAACACAUUAAAAAAACACAUUAUUAUUUCCUAUUUUACCCUUACGUGAAUUGCUUCGUCUUCUCUUUGACUUGACUACUGGCAAUGGUGAAAUACUACAGAAGCAACACACAAAUUGAGGAAAACUAGCAAAGGUGGUCAAUUGAGGAAAAACCAGCAAAGCAUUUUUCCAAAUGGAUUUCUUUCUUGCCAUUACUUAUGCUACUACAGUUAUUAUUUUUCUCUACUUCAUUUACAUGCUUUUGGAGGGGAUUUUCAGUAAUAAAAAAGGCAAUGUUAACAACAGAACGCCCCCAAAAGUUGCUGGUGCGUGGCCUGUCAUUGGCCAUCUUCACCUCUUCAGUGGAUCUAAUCAGCCUCACAAAACUUUUGGGCUCAUGGCAGACAAAUAUGGGCCAAUUUUCACAGUAAAAUUUGGAGUCCAUCAAGUUUUGGUGGUGAACGAUAGUAAGAUAGCCCAAGAUUGCUUAACCACUAACGACAAGGCCUUGGCGAGCCGACCUAAGUCGUUGGCAGUAGAGCUGUUGGCCUACAACUAUGCUGUUUUUGGGCUUGGCCCAUACGGACCGUAUUGGCGAGAACUGAAAAAAAUAGUCGUACUCGAAUUACUCUCCAAUCAUCGCGUACAAAUGUUUAGACACAUUCGAGAAUUCCAAGUGAAAACAACUAUCAAAACAACGUACGAAAAGUGGUCGAAGGAAAAGAUGAACGAUUCUUCAAAUUUCGUCAAAAUAGAAAUGAAAGAGUGGUUUGAGAACUUGACUAUGACCAUUAUUGUACGAAUGCUUUUCGGAAAAGAACUUGAGGUACAAGAUGGAAAGAGAGCAAGAAAAGCAAUGACAAACUUUUUCAAGUUACUUGGUGCAUUUGUUGUAGCUGAUUAUAUACCAUCACUAAGAUGCUUAGAUAUAGGAGGAUAUGAGAAGGAAAUGAAGGAGAAUGCCAAGGAAAUAGAUUAUAUUCUUGAAAAAUGGCUAGUGGAACAUAAGAAAAAGACAAGUUGUGGAGAAAAGAAAUGUGAGGAUGAGAAAGAUUUUAUGGAUAUAAUGUUGUCCCUUUUUGAAGAUGCUAUGGAUGAAGAUCUUGCUGCUUUUGAUGCUGACACCAUUAUCAAAUCUACAUGCUUGUCUAUGUUAGCAGGAGGAUCUGACACCAUAGUUGUAUCACUAACAUGGACUCUGUCUUUGUUACUCAACAACCCUCAAGUAAUGGAAAAGGCCCAAGAAGAACUGGACAUUCAAGUUGGAAGAAAUACACUUGUUGACGAGUCACAUAUAAAUAACUUGGUCUUUCUUCAAGCCAUUACUAAAGAAUCGUUACGUUUAUAUCCACCUGGACCACUCUUAGCCCCUCAUGAAUCCUUGGAAGAUUGCACCAUUGGUGGCUAUAAUAUCCCAAAAGGUACUCGAGUACUAUUCAACUUGUGGAAGAUUCAACGGGAUUCGAUCAUUUGGUCAGAACCUGAUUUAUUCAAGCCAGAGAGGUUCUUGACAACUCAUAAAGAUUUAGAUGUUAAAGGAAAUCAUUUUGAAUUGAUUCCAUUUGGUGCCGGAAGAAGGAUUUGCCCUGGAAUUUCCUCAACACUUGUGUUAUUGCACUUAACUUUAGCUAACCUGCUACAUUCAUUUAAAAUUACAAGGCCAUCUGAUGAACCAAUUGACAUGACUGCGAGUUUUGCGACGAAAGCUACACCACUCGAGGUUCUUGUUGCUCCAAGAUUAUCCCUAGAUUUGUACUACUAAAUAUAAACCCCAUAUUAGUAAACUCUAAAUAAAAGAAAAUGUCAUUUUACAAUAAUUGAAGUGCACACUUGUAAUUUAUUGAAUGAUUCAAGUCAUGAAAGUUAUUCAUCAAAAUACUUUUUUGUUAUACAAGUGGACACAAGUGGUGGCUGUCCAUUUUUCUUUUCUA